AGCUUUUUAUUUAUAUUUUGCCGUUGAAUUAAUUUUUUGAUGAAAUCAAAGUAAUUCACGAAAUCGCGUGAAUUGAAUUAUUGUCGUGGAAACUUCAAAACAUUGAAAACAUCGCAGAAAUCGACGGUUAAAUUAUCAUUUAAUUUAGCAUUGCCUUUAGCUGGUUAACCUGAGAUUGCAGUCUAUACGGACAAAAGAGUUGAUGCUGCAACAAGAUGACCGUCACGUACACAGCGGAAGUUGCCACGUGCAGAGGAUUCGGAUGCUUCCUCAAGCUCCUGCUAAGAUGGCGCGGAAGCAUCUACAAACUUGUGUGGGUGGACUUGGUGACGUAUCUUUCAGCUUAUUACGCACUUAAUUUCCUUUAUCGAUUUUAUUUGGAUGAUGAGCAAAAGAAAAUAUUCGUGGGUCUAGUCCUUUAUGCUUCACUUUACACCAAAUACAUCCCAAUUUCCUUCGUUCUUGGCUUCUAUGUGACCAUUGUCGUGAAGAGAUGGUGGGAACAGUACACAACAAUUCCCAAACCGAAUUCAAUAUCAAUGUUUGUGAGUUCUUACAUCAUCGGACAGGACGAACGAGGACGAUUAAUGAGACGAACUAUAGUCCGAUACGUUUGCCUCUGCAUAACAAUGGUUCUAAUAAGAGUAGCCCCAAGAGUGAAGAAGCGCUUCCCAACGCUCCAACGGCUCGUGGAAGCUGGCCUCCUAACGGACAGUGAACGAACUAUAAUAGCCAAAAUGGAUGAACGUUUUCCGCGUCCUUCGAAGCAUUGGAUGCCAAUUGUUUGGGCAGCAAGUAUCGUGACUCGUGCCCGCAAGGAAGGUCUCAUACGGGAUGACUUUGCCGUGAAGACACUUAUUGAUCAGCUUAACAGCCUUCGUGACAGUGCGAGUAUUCUUCUCAAGUACGACACUAUCACCAUUCCUCUUGUCUACACACAAGUAGUCACCUUGGCCGUCUAUUCGUACUGCGCCGCAAAUAUUUUGGCAAGCCAAUGGUUUGAGAGUAGUGAUGAAGGGAAAGAUCAAGCCUUAGAUGUCUACUUCCCAUUUUUCUCAACGCUUCAAUUCUUCUUCUACAUGGGAUGGCUGAAAGUAGCUGAAGUCCUCAUUAAUCCCUUUGGGGAGGAUGAUGAAGACUUCGAAGUGAAUUGGAUGAUUGAUGAAAAUCUCAAAGGAUGCUACAUGAUUGUCGAUGAGAUGCAUCAUGAGCAUCCGGAGUUGAUGAAGGAUCAAUACUGGGAUGAAGUCUUCCCAAAUGAGCUUCCUGGUGCGGAAGAAUUUCACGAACAACACCCAGAAGCAUCAACAUCUAAGCUUGAGAUUCCAGAAGCUGAAGCACACCUAACCUCUAAAUUGCCACCAAAAAUCAUUGUGGAUGACAUGAGUGAUGGGAAUGUUGAAAAUGGUCAAGAUCAACCAGGACAGAGUGCAGAGAACCUCGUUGAUACUGUCACAAUGGCAUUUGAGCGUUUCUUCAGGACAGAAGAUGAGCAAUCAAUGCAAUACUUGGAGGAAACUACCCAAGUAUCAACUGCUCCGAGUAGGGCCAGCUUGUCUGAAGGUUCAAAAGUCACGAUUACUGUGCCAGAUGGAAGUCUUGAGGAAGACAAUGAGACACCUGAAGAUGAUGAAUUUGAAAAACUUCGCUUAACUCGUGAAAAAGAACGCCAGGAGAGGAAUAAACUGUUGAUUUCCAACCCUACACAAGACGUUGCAACAACUUUAGAUAUGAGCGCUUUUCUUGAACAAAUUAUUGACAAAAAUAUGGAUAAAAUUGAACCAGAUUCAGAUUAA